UGAUUGAUGAAGAGAAAAAUCUUGUUCUGAAAAUGCAGAUUAGGUAGCUUCCAAGGAUGUUUCCAACUCAAGAUUUCAUGUUGUUGCAAAACUACUCUGAAACUGUAAACUUCAGAAGGAUGGCUCUUUUCUUUUUGGAACUUAUUUCUGGCCUUUGGUUAUGAGUCCAUUGCCUUGAAAUAUUUCUAAUGUGCAUCAGAGUCAUAGCUCAGUAAAAAUCUGUGUUUUAAGCUCCAUGUCAGUAUUUAUCCUGACGACUAUCUUACUUCAACCAGAAUAACGUAAGAGCCUUUUAUUUGUUGGUGUGUAAGUGUAUAGACGCAAAUAGCCCAAAGAGCCAUUAAGAUGGUCCACUGUCAAUAUAAGAAUACAGGUGAUUUCUUUUCUUUCUAAUACUUUUUGUCAAUUAAAACCUCACAUGAUAUGAGUUAACAUUGCUUUUAUGCCUCAUACUGAAUGUCUAUUUUAUAUAGUUUUUCUUCCUUACUUGUGUCUACUUUGGUUGUGUCUCUUCACAACAUCUGUUACCCUUUAAAAAAUCUGCCUUUUGAUGCUUCUCAGAGUCUAUUUAUACCACAGUAAUUGUUACCUUAGGCUUAUUUCCCCAAUUAGAUCCAUCCAGUUUAUUUUUUCAACAGACAUUUUACUGAACAUGUACUAUGUGUAGGAUGUUAUUCUAGGUGCUGAAGAUACAGUGAUAGCAAGAAAUAUUGCCCGCUCUGGAGAAGGUCACAGGGUAAGAAAUACACAUGUCAUCAACCAGAUAGGAAAUGUAGAUGGUGCUAAACUAAGGGUUUGCCCGAGAUGCUACGGGGGCCUUCAGGGGAGCACCGCACUGUCAGGGUAGGGCAGGCUAGUGGUGGAGCUCAGAGGAGUCUUCCCAGAGCGGGUGGGAGGCCCCUGAACUUCAUUUGGAAGGAGAGGUGACACCGCCACGUGGCAGUGGGGAGCAGAAGCCCCUGGUAGAGGGUGCGGGAGCUUGGCGCUUGUUCCACACAAGCUCCGAGUGCUGGUUCCGGGCUGUGUGCAAAGUCUACGCCUCUUGAUUUGAAGGGAUCUGAAAAUAAUUUAGGAACUGCAGCUUCACAAUUCUCUAAAAGUCACACCUGGAUGUCUGAAAGAGAAGCGAAAGGAUGAGAAUCAGGCAAGUUCUGUGGCCGUUCUGGUGGGGAAAUAACUGAAAUGUUUGGCCAGCAAGAAGAGCGGGCUCUCUCAGAGAUUUCUUUUGUUUAAAUCCACCCGUUCCUCACGUUGGCAGGAUCCUGCAGAGGUGGAAUAAGAAGUCAGAGCAGAGAUGAGACGUGGGCUCUCCUGACGUCUGCUGCCUGCGCUUCCUUCUGGAAGCUUCCAGAAGGAGGGCUCGUCACCGUGUGGAUUUCCGCUAAUGCAUCUCUCACCCUUUAGAGUCCGACUCGUUCUUUGUUGGAGGCCACUUCCUUUCUCUUAAUUAGUUUCAUUCACACUAUUCUAACCAUUGAAAAAAAUAGCGAGAGUAAUGUUUUGUGCUUUGUUUAAUGAUUCAGAGCUGGCGGGGUGAUGCACUCUCUUUAGAUCCUUUGUUUGCACAGAGAAGCACCUCUGAAAUAAGGGAUGAUUUGGGUCCUGGUGGAGAAAUAAGAAAAAACGGUCAAAUCACCUCUUAGAAAAAAACCAAGGGAGAUUUUAUCUAACUUGCCACUAUUCAAAAGAGAAAGACUAAACUUAAAUGUUACAAGGACCAGUUAAAAGUGUGGCAACUAAUUAUCCUUUGUAUGUAUCCAAUUUUUUGUGUGCUUUACUGGUAGGUAGAAAUAGAUGCCAUAGUAUCAUUCUGGGAAAAAAAAAAAUCCAGGUAUGAAACGCCCAGUUUAGUUUUUCCUUGCUUGGAGGAAGGUUUUCAUUGCUCUAUCACUGAGUUGGCCUUUCUGUGUGUGUGCUGGAAUCGAUCCCCUCUGGUCACGAGCAGAUUGGGAGGUUUGUACUCUUGUCUUUCUGCCUCUGCAGAGCUGCUAAGGAGCCACCAGAGAGGAGAGGGCAGGGCUGGUGAAGAAUCUAGGUGGGAAGCUCACGAGUACCAUAUGGAAGCGAGAAGCUUAUUCUAGGUAAAGUGCAGCCCCAUGCUCAGAGUAAUUAAAAACCUACAGCCUUAGAGGUUUUGUUUUGUUUUGUUUUCUUAAAGACAUAACCCUAUUUACAGCAUAGCUUGAGCACAAACAUUCCUUUUGAAUUAUCUUUUCACAGAACCAUAAAAUUAACUUUCUGCUAAUACGCUAGCCUUGAUAAGACGCUAAGGCAUUAUAAGGAUGCCCUUAACACUGAUACAUACAUAGAUAUAGAUACACAGACAGAUGGAUAUCUAUACCUAUGUUGGUUUAAGGCUUUAUCAUAGUGGUAGAAUGUGUCAAAAUUGGGCCUGAAACUAGUGGUAAGCAAAGUUAAGAAUGUUCUGUAGCUUAACCUAAACUGGACCUUUGGUAGAACUUUAAUCUGGCUUUUGUAACUCAUUUUAAAGUAAAGAAAGUUAAUAAGGGCUAUGUGGAUUCAGUCUCGAGGACAGAGUGAGAGGCAAUCCUCUGAAGAUCUUAUUGCCAUUGGUUUUAAGAACAUGAUUAAAGGCAAUGAGAUCAGCCACAUGCUAAACGGUGAUAAAUUUAGAGACAAAAAUCUAAUUAUAAUAGUAGUUCAUUAAUGUUAAAAUAAAAGAUCCUACUUUCUGAAAGCAAUAAUAUUUACUGAGUUCCUCCGAUGUUUGGGGCACCCAAUGAAGCCUUGGUCCACUCCCUCCAGGACUGUUCCCGUGGUGGUCGGAGGUCAGUGGUAGUGAAAUAAGGGAUGAUUUGGGUCCCACAGAAGGUGUCUGUCCUGAAGGAGUGGACACCCCAGCAGAGAAGGAAUCUGGGGGCUGGAGGGAGUGAAGGCUGUGAGGGCCUGGGCAGGGGCAAAAAGUCAUGCACUUUAAUUGAACAUUUAGUACCAGCUAAGUAGGGUUCCUACACAUGAAGCCUUACCUGAUCAGCUCGAUGUAAAUUUGUUUGGCUCCCGCUGAAACAGACAGGACCCUCGGGUGGAAAAGAAAACAAGUCUCCCUGACGCUGGUCUGUGUUGCUGAGUGUUUCUGUGGCAGGUGCAUGUGUGUGCCCCUCUGUUCCCUCAAAGUCAGUGGUCAAAGCUGGUUGAAUACCAGCAUCGAAGAAUACAUGGUAUAGUGUUAUUUAGAGGAGAGGGAUCUGUUUGAUUCUGUAACAUGUAAAGCUACUAUGUCUUCCAAGAAGGAUUCUGGCUUGGAGGAUUGUAAAGGAACAUUAGGAAAACUAGAAUUACAGAAAGCUGGGAAAUACUUUGCGGAGUUUUCUUCACACAGUGGCCUUGAAUUAGUGUGUAAAGAAUAGUUUUUAUUAAGAUGAAAUCAGUUUUCCCCUUUUGGACUAUUUUUAAAUCACCAUUUGAAUGGACGCCAAUUCAUAGCCUGCAGGAGUGCCCGCAUCUCGUUCCUGCCCUAGGGAGAGCUCGUCACCAGGUGAGAGGGGGCCUCCGAAGAAGCAGGCACGGCUUAGACUGGGAAGGGUGGGCCAAGUGGAAAGGUAGUGUGAUGGAGUAGAACCUCCUUUUGCACAAUCCGAGUAGCAGGAACAAGUAUGGAGCAUGUGAAGAACUCAAAAAGGUCCGGUAAGGACUUUAUUGUGACAGCAACGAGCUGUCAGGAAAAUGAAUUAGAUAAGAGUGACAUGUUUAGAUCAGUUUAGAUCAGAAAGGCUACUGUGGCCUGCAGCAUGAGAAGAGAUUGGUUGGGGAGUGAGCACUCCAACAGGCAGGGAGAGCUGGAGACUGUCGCGGUUAUCCAGGGAGAUGCGACAGUGGUCUGAGCUACCUAGCGAGGAUGGAGAGAAGUGAAGGGAUUCCAGAGGGAGGGAGAGUUUGAUGGGACUUGGACCCAUCAGUCAGGGGCUGAGUGGGUGGUUGUUCAGAGUUCUGACUGGGUUAAGGUGCCGUAGUUCAUCAAGUCAGAGAACACAGGCAAGGAGUGGAAGUGAGUUGGUGUGCGUAAGAAGGAAACAAAUUCAGAUCUUGAAAUCUGGAGUACUGAAUUGCAGAAACGAAGUGGCAUAGAAUAGGAGGAGAACAAAAACAAAAAAGGCUGAUACGGGACACAAAAUUAACUUGAAUGAAGAAAAGAUUCACAGCACUUAAAUUGAACACUUAGUACUAGUUAACUUGGGUCUCUACGUGCCUUACAUGAUUAGUUAAGUGUAAAUUUGUUUGAUUUCUGCUAAAAUAGUACCCUCAAGUGGCAAUUAAAACAACAGCAAACCAUACAUCUCUCAAAUGCUGGUCUAUACAUCAAAUAUUAUAGAUUUACAAGCGGGGAGACCUGAGGACAGGCCCCAGGUUGACUGUCUUCAGGAGUUAUUUGUGAACUAUAACUGAUUCAGACUCUUACAAUACUUAAAGAUGUGUUAGUGAGGAUAAAGUUAAGUGAUUUGGUCAUACCACUGUUUCAAAAGAAAAUUUGAAAUUCAGUAAGUAAGAAGUUAUCACAAUUUUCUUUUGAAAGAGUGCUAUGACCAAAUCAUUUAACUUUAUUCUGACCAAUCUGUGUAAAAUAGCAUCGUCCCCAACAGCCUCUUCUCAGUUUACUUUUCUCCAUAGCAGUUAUCACCCGCUGAUAUGCUAAGUAUUUACUUGUUUGUUUUUCUUCUGUCCUUUCUCUUCCCCUUACUCAUCUAGGAUGUUAUCUCUACCAGGAAAAGACUUUGUUUUGCUAACUACUAUAUCCCCAGCGUCUAGCUUAGUUCCCGGCACAUAUAUGCAUGUAUGUAGGAGCACUCCAGCCCGAGUUUCUGGAAGAUCAAUACCAGAUUCCAGAGGUUAGAAGGUUAGAUCAGUGUUCUUUCCCGCCCUGUUGAUAGCAGGGUAACUUUAAUGUUGUGCGUUUCCAGAGUCUGUUUACACAGUCUCAGAACCGUGAGUCUUGUGUGUGUGUUGAAGAUUUCUCUUUCAUCGGAGUGCACCCCCGGCCCCCCAGGACUGACAGGUCUCCCAAAGCCUCCACGCCCGCGUGUGAGCUGUGAACGUUACAUCCAUCCCUGUUUCUGAGGAUGGCAUCUACGUUUGGCGACGAUCCUCUUGCUAAAGUUCACAAAGCACUUCAAAGUCAGGAGUCGCCGCCUAACCCAGGCCGCGAUGCCCUUCCCGGGGCCCUCGGUGCACGCCCCCCGCUGACCACCUGGGAGCACCGGCGCGCACAGCCCACCGCACACUCCCCGCGAGCGGAGCCAGACGGCGGCGGCGGCGAGACCCAGUCCCCGGGGCAGAGCGCCGCUACCCCAACCUGCUAGCUGUCUGCCGCCCGGUCUCCCACGCCUCCACCCCUCCCCUCCCCUCCCCGGCCUUCCCCGCCGGUCCAUCCCCGCGCCCGCCGCCGCCUCCCUGGGAAGCUUGUCCCUCGCCACCCGCCGUAGCCCGGCGCUGGCCGGUCGCCGUCUCCAAGAUGGCCGCGGCGCGAGCGGCUCCUGCGGCGGGCUAGAGGCGGAGGCGGAGCCGAGUCACUCCUGCACUCCGGGGCUCCGGUCCCCCGCGCCAGGCUGCAGCUUACUGCCCGCCGCGGCCAUGCGGGGCUCCGUGCACGGAUGAGAGAAGCCGCCGCCGCCGCCGAGCUGGUCCCGCCGCCCGCCUUCGCCGUCACUCCCGCCGCCGCCAUGGAGGAGCCGCCGCCGCCGCCGCCGGAACCCGAACCCGAGCCGGAGCGCUGCCGGGCGGCGAGACAAGAGUGCGCAUUGGGAGAUUCAGCUUGUAAGAAUUCUGAGUCUGAUCCUGAGGACUUUUCAGAUGAAACAAAUACAGAGAACCUUUACGGUCCCUCUCCCCCCAGCACGCCUCGGCAGAGGAAGCGUCUGUCAACCAAACACCAGAGGAAUAAUGUAGGGCGGCCCACCAGUCGAGCUAAUGUGAAAGGACGUGGAAGAGGACAAACGUGGAUGAAUCAGCGUGCCUGUCCAGGAUGGCUGCUGGUGUACAGGAUAGAAAAAAUGAAUGCACCAAACCAACCUCCACAUAAAGACACUGGAAAAACUGUGGAGAAUGUGGAAGAAUACAGCUAUAAGCAGGAGAAGAAGGUCCGAGCAGCUCUUAGAACGACGGAGCCAGAUCAUAAGAAGAACGUGCAGUGCUCGUUCAUGUUGGACCCAGUGGGUGGGUCUUUGCCCAAAAAAUCAAUUCCAGAUGUGGAUCUCAAUAAGCCUUACCUCAGUCUUGGCUGCAGCAAUGCUAAGCUUCCGGUGUCUGUGCCCAUGCCGAUAGCCAGAACUGCACGCCAGACUUCUAGGACUGACUGUCCAGCAGAUCGCUUAAAAUUUUUUGAAACUCUACGACUUCUACUAAAGCUUACCUCAGUCUCAAAGAAGAAGGACAGGGAGCAAAGAGGACAGGAAAAUACGUCUGCUUUCUGGUUUAACCGAUCUAAUGAACUGAUCUGGUUAGAGCUACAAGCCUGGCAUGCAGGACGGACCAUUAACGACCAGGACCUCUUUUUAUAUACAGCCCGUCAAGCCAUCCCAGAUAUUAUCAAUGAAAUCCUUACUUUCAAAGUUAAUUAUGGGAGCUUUGCCUUUGUUAGAAAUGGAGCUAGUUUUAAUGGUACUUUGGUAGAAGGGCAGUGCAGAGCCCCUCAUGGGACAAAGGUUGUGGGUUACCCAACAUAUCAUGAGCACCUCCAACGCCAGAGGGUGUCAUUUGAGCAGGUCAAACGGAUAAUGGAGCUGCUGGAGUACAUAGAGGCACUUUAUCCAUCGUUGCAGGCUCUUCAAAAGGACUAUGAAAAAUACGCUGCAAAAGACUUCCAGGACAGGGUGCAGGCACUCUGUUUGUGGUUAAACAUCACAAAAGACUUAAAUCAGAAAUUAAGGAUUAUGGGCACUGUUUUGGGCAUCAAGAAUUUAUCCGACAUUGGCUGGCCAGUGUUUGAAAUCCCUUCCCCACGACCAUCCAAAGGCAAUGAGCCCGAAGAUGAGGGUGAGGACACAGAAAGAGAAUUGAAAGAGUUGGAAAGCAGUACGGACGAGAGUGAAGGAGAACAAAUCUCUGAUCCAAGGGUACCAGAAACCGGGCAGCCCACUGACAACAGUUUCAACAUCCAGUCACCGGAUUGCGUAACUAAGAAGCUCGAGAGGCUUGAAUCUGAGGACGAUUCUGUUGGCUGGGGAACACCAGACUGCAGCACAGAAGCAGGCUUUAGUAGACAUUGUCUGACUUCUAUUUAUAGACCAUUUGUAGACAAAGCACUGAAGCAGAUGGGGUUAAGAAAGUUAAUUUUAAGACUUCACAAGCUGAUGGAUGGUUCCUUGCAAAGGGCACGUAUAGCACUGGUAAAGAGUGACCGUCCAGUGGAGUUUUCUGAAUUUCCGGAUCCCAUGUGGGGUUCUGAUUACGUGCAGCUGUCCAGGACGCCGCCUUCCUCGGAGCAGAAAUGCAGCGCUGUCUCGUGGGAUGAGCUGAAGUCCAUGGAUUUACCCUCAUUCGAACCUGCCUUCCUGGUCCUCUGUCGAGUCCUUCUGAAUGUCAUACACGAAUGUCUCAAGUUAAGGCUGGAACAGAGACCUGCUGGAGAACCAUCUCUCUUGAGUAUUAAGCAGCUGGUGAGAGAGUGUAAGGAGGUGCUGAAGGGCGGCCUUCUGAUGAAGCAGUACUACCAGUUCAUGCUGCACGAGGUCCUGGACCACCUGGAGGAGACCGACUGCAACAUCGACGCCUUCGAGGAGGAUCUGCACAAAAUGCUGAUGGUAUAUUUUGAUUACAUGAGAAGCUGGAUCCAAAUGCUACAGCAAUUACCUCAGGCAUCUCAUAGUUUAAAGAAUCUGUUAGAAGAAGAAUGGAAUUUCACCAAAGAAAUAAUCCAUUACAUCCGGGGAGGAGAAGCACAGGCUGGAAAACUUUUCUGUGACAUUGCAGGAAUGCUGCUGAAAUCUACAGGAAGUUUUCUAGAAUCCGGCUUACAGGAGAGCUGUGCAGAGUUUUGGACCAGUGCUGAUGAUAGUAGUGCUUCAGAUGAAAUAAGGAGAUCUGUUAUAGAGAUCAGUCGAGCACUGAAGGAGCUCUUUCACGAGGCUAGAGAAAGAGCCUCCAAAGCACUUGGAUUUGCUAAAAUGCUGAGAAAGGACCUGGAAAUAGCUGCAGAGUUCAUACUUUCAGCCCCAGUUAGAGACCUUCUGGAUGUCCUGAAAUCAAAACAGUACGUUAAGGUACAAAUUCCUGGCUUAGAAAACUUGCAGGUGUUUGUUCCAGACACCCUUGCUGAGGAGAAGAGUAUUAUUUUGCAGUUACUCAAUGCAGCCGCAGGAAAGGACUGCUCGAAAGACUCAUACGAACUACUAAUUGACGCCUAUCUGCUUCUAACCAAACAUAGUGACCGCACUCAGGACUCAGAUGGCAGCUGGGCCACGUGGGAGGCACAGCCUGUCAAAAUUGUGCCUCAGGUGGAGACUGUCGAUACCUUGAGAAGCAUGCAGGUGGAUAAUCUUUUACUAGUUGUCAUGGAGUCUGCGCAUCUCAUAAUUCAUAGAAAAACUUUCCAGCAGUCCACUGAAGGACUCAUGACUCUACGCCAGGAGCAGACAUCCAGUCAGCCCGUCAUCGCCAGAGCUUUGCAGCAGCUGAAGAAUGAUGCAUUAGAGCUUUGCAACAGAAUAAGUGAUGCCAUUGACCGAGUGGACCACAUGUUCACUUCAGAAUUUGACGCUGAAGUUGAUGAAUCUGAAUCUGCUACGUUGCAGCAGUAUUAUCGAGAAGCCAUGAUUCAAGGGUACAAUUUUGGGUUCGAGUAUCAUAAAGAAGUCGUUCGUUUGAUGUCUGGCGAGUUUAGACAGAAGAUAGGAGACAAGUAUAUAAGCUUUGCCCGGAAAUGGAUGAAUUACGUCCUGACUAAAUGUGAGAGUGGUAGAGGGACAAGACCCAGGUGGGCAACUCAAGGUUUUGACUUCCUGCAAGCCAUUGAACCUGCUUUCAUUUCAGCUUUACCAGAAGAUGACUUCCUGAGUUUACAAGCCCUGAUGAAUGAAUGCAUUGGCCAUGUAAUAGGAAAGCCACACAGUCCUAUUACAGGUUUGUACCUUGCCAUUCAUCGGAACAGCCCCCGUCCUGUGAAGGUACCGCGAUGCCAUAGCGACCCUCCUAACCCGCAUCUGAUUAUCCCAACUCCAGAGGGAUUCAGCACCCGGAGCGUGCCUGCGGACACGCGGAGCCUCAGCAGCCCCGCCGCUGCCACUGUCACUGCCACCGCCGCCAGCGGUCGCCCCGGCCCCUCUGGCAGCGACUCUGCGCCGCCCAAACCCAUCAGCAGUGCCCAUGAGACCAGGGGUUCCAGCGUCCCUGAGAAUGAUCGAUUGGCUUCCAUAGCGGCCGAAUUGCAGUUUAGGUCCCUGAGUCGUCACUCGAGCCCCACCGAGGAGCGAGAUGAACCAGCGUAUCCAAAAGGUGAUUCAAGUGGGUCAACUCGAAGAAGUUGGGAACUUCGGACACUUAUCAGUCAGACUAAGGAUACUGCUUCUAGGCAAGGACCCAUAGAAGCUAUUCAGAAGUCAGUCCGACUGUUUGAAGAAAAGAGAUAUCGAGAAAUGAGGAGAAAGAAUAUCAUUGGUCAAGUUUGUGAUACCCCUAAGUCUUAUGACAAUGUUAUGCACGUUGGCUUGAGGAAGGUGACCUUUAAGUGGCAAAGAGGAAACAAAAUUGGGGAAGGGCAGUAUGGGAAGGUCUAUACCUGUAUCAACGUGGACACCGGUGAACUGAUGGCCAUGAAGGAGAUUCGCUUUCAACCUAAUGACCACAAAACUAUCAAGGAAACGGCAGACGAACUGAAAAUCUUCGAAGGCAUCAAGCACCCCAAUCUGGUUCGGUAUUUUGGUGUGGAGCUGCAUAGGGAAGAAAUGUACAUCUUCAUGGAGUACUGUGACGAGGGUACCUUAGAGGAGGUGUCGAGGCUGGGACUUCAGGAGCACGUCAUCAGGCUGUAUUCUAAGCAGAUCACCGUUGCAAUCAAUGUCCUCCAUGAGCAUGGCAUAGUUCACCGUGACGUUAAAGGUGCCAACAUCUUCCUUACCUCAUCUGGACUAAUCAAGCUGGGAGAUUUUGGAUGUUCAGUAAAGCUUAAAAACAAUGCUCAGACCAUGCCUGGUGAGGUGAAUAGCACGCUGGGGACAGCAGCAUACAUGGCCCCAGAAGUCAUCACUCGCGCCAAAGGAGAAGGCCACGGGCGUGCGGCCGACAUCUGGAGUCUGGGGUGUGUCGUCAUAGAGAUGGUGACUGGCAAGAGACCUUGGCAUGAAUAUGAGCACAACUUUCAGAUUAUGUACAAAGUGGGAAUGGGGCAUAAGCCACCAAUCCCUGAAAGAUUAAGCCCAGAAGGAAAGGACUUCCUUUCUCACUGCCUAGAAAGCGAGCCCAGGAUGAGGUGGACGGCCAGCCAGCUCCUCGACCAUUCCUUCGUCAAGGUUUGCACAGAUGAAGAAUGAAGCUAACCAGUCUGUGGCCUAGUAGUGUGUGUACUCGGAAAAUUCUCUUAAUCACUACUGUAUGUAAUAUUUACAUAAAGACUGUGCUGAGAAGCAGUAUAAGCCUUUUUAACCUUCCAAGACUGAAGACUGCACAGGUGACAAGCGUCACUUCUCCUGCUGCUCCUGUUUGUUCGACGUGGCACGGGGCCCUCCUGAGUGAUGGUGUCCACGAGGUAAAGAAGCUGCAUGUUAAGUGCCAUUACUACUGUACACGGACCAUCACCUCCGUCACCUCCGUUUCUCGGGUGACUGAGAACCGUGACAUCAGUGUAGUAUUUUUGACCUUUCUAGGUUCAAAAGCAGUUGUAGUGUUAUCAGGCGUCCUGGGCCUUGUUAAUCUCUUGUUUGUCGAGUGCACUGACUGUGAAACCUUACCUGUUGUUGUUGUUGUUGGCAAGCCACAGGUUUGUUAUGCAAAAGGCUGAUUAAUGAAAUUUAAGAAAAAGGUUCUUUUUUCAAUAAAUGAUUUAUUUUAGGAAA